CGAGUGGCGGGGAAACUGCUGCAGAAGCUGCUGCUGGAGCGGUCUGCCCACAGCAAGCCCCACUAUCGUGAGCAGACCUCGCCAUGGCGCUGCAGCUCGCUCGGGAGCAAGGAAUCACCCUGCGCGGCAGCGCCGAGAUCGUGGCCGAGUUCUUCUGUGAGUCCUCGCGUAGGACGCGUGCUCCCAGAGAAAAGUCCCAGAAAGCUAUCCAGGAUGAAAUCCGUUCAGUGAUCAGACAGAUCACAGCUACAGUUACAUUUCUUCCACUGUUAGAAGUUUCUUGUUUUUUUGAUCUACUGAUUUAUACAGACAAAGAUUUGGUUGUACCUGAAAGAUGGGAAGAGUCUGGACCACAGUUCAUUACCAAUUCUGAGGAAGUUCGUCUUCAUUCAUUUACUACCACAAUCCACAAAGUGAAUAGCAUGGUGGCCUACAAAAUUCCUGUCAAUGACUGAAGUGAGAAGAUGGUUGUCUACAAGUCAGAAACAGAGCUCUUACCAAAAGUCAACUAUGCUGGUAUCUUCUAUUCCCAAGAACUGUGAGAAAUAAAUUUCUGGUCUUAAAACCAU